GAUUCAGGUUUCGCACCCGGAAGUAGGCUGCAGUCAAUACCAAGAAGUUCAAUUUAUUUCACGGCAUUGCGGCCAUUUCGUUCAUAAUUCUUGAAUGGUCAGCAGCUUCUUCUUGUGAUAUCCCGAUGGACAUGAAGGUUCCUCAUAGCCGAAGACAAGAAAACAGCCCAAGUUUGCCUCAACCAUGAUGGCUGAUGGGUCAGAAAUGUUACCAGAAAGGAGUUUCGUCAUUGACAUUGGACCACUUAAACUAAUAGACUACACACGGAAGGAAAAGUGGCUGGUUAAGCUGAUGUUUACACGAGAAGGCGGUGAACCAGGUGGCUGUCGUAUACGCAUCUUUAAGAGCCCAAAUGCUGCGCUUCUAGCUGGGGGACCUUUUGGUAGAGCGACAGCUGAUAAAAUCCUACCGAGUCUGUUACUGCAUGACUACGUCAUCACCUCGUCUACCGCCAUCAACAUGGAGAAAUUCAAGAGUAAACAUGGGAAACCGAAGCUGGCAGUUAGCUUUUGUUUGAAUCAAGAGGACAUUUUGGGAAGAUCUAGAUACGAGAAGCUUGUGUUCAAGGACCAAAGUCAAGCAAUCACAAGCCAUGUUGCAAAAUUAGAGAUUCUCCUUCUGCAAGGACCAUACAAAGACAUGCGUCCAUUCAAUGUUGAGAUCAGCCCUCACCAGAGUAUUCCAGAAGGACCGGCUCGGUUUAACAUCUUCCCCACUCAUAUCAGUAUCGUGAAAAGAUUCACAACAGAAAAACAGAAAGAAAACAGCAAGAAGACAUGUACAGUCUGGAAGACCUCAAGAAAAGUCAAGAUGCAACGUCUUCCGAUUGUCGUGGGGCUAGCGAACUUGAAAAGCUAUAGCUCGCUACCGGUAGGGUUUCGUUUUGACACGUCUCAAAAAGCCCACUUUUUCAAAUGUUGCCGCAAAGACGGGGAAGACAUGAAUGCUCUGAUAAGCAAACUUUUGAAGCCAAAAACAUUGCGCCAAAGACUUUACCUAACGGAUCUGCCUAAGAAGCCAGACACAUGUACCACUGAACACACCUACGUGAAUGAAUGGGAGGCCAGGGGAUGCGAGAAGGAUAUACAGGGGGGAAUCAAGUUGAACGUCGGUGUGUUUGCUGCCAAGCCCGAGCCUGGACAGCCAUGGAUCCUGCACUUUAUCAUCGACCGACAGGGGGCGUCUCUAGACAACCUGAAGCGAAAUGGCAGGGAAAUGGUCUGCCCUUCUCGCGCGUUCCAAUUGGUUGACGACCUGUCAAUCAACGUGGAGCUUCCUGAUGGUUGGAGCACUGAUGACGUCGUCAAGGAGGUACCCAAGAAGAAUUUCAUUGCUCUGGAAGACCCGUUCAUCCACGAAAUCUGCAUUCAGCACGAGAACCACGACAAGAAACAGUUCCACGGACGGAUCUACAUACGUCAGGGUCUCAGUGAGACUCUAAAAAUCACCCUCAAUGUUAUCACCAACUUUUCCCUUUACGAACGUGUUGGGAAGAAGAGGAAAGUUGAUGAACCACUGUACGACCUGGUCCCUGCUACCGGAGGGAGUACGGAGUCUGCAGACGACAUUCCAACAUGGCUACGGCAGUUCUCCAAGCGCAAGGAACUCUGGGACAAGUUGGACAGGCCCAAUCUCUUUGGAAACGACUGGAGAUUGUUUGCGGAGAAAAUUGGACUGGACUAUCAGGCUAUCGUGACCAUCGAAAACCACUCCCAUGAACUCGAGACAUCCCCGACAGAGCUGGUGCUGCGUGAGUGGGAGAGAGGCAGGACAGUGGAGGUGGUCAGUGAUCACGCACUGGUCCGGAUUCUUCACGACAUGGGCAGACCGGACAUCAUCCAGGACAUGGGACUACAGGUUCCAGAGCUGGUGAGUGGAAGUUUCCGAGUGGAAGCUACGACAGCCGACACCAUACACGUGGCCUGGGAACCUGCCAGCGAUGACGUCACACACUACACCAUCGAAAUCACACCUGCAGACAGAAGCGCCCCCUGUCAUCACAGACCGGUGAACUGCAGAAGUUUGACUUUCCAUGAUUUGAAGCCUGAUACUGAGUAUGAUAUAUGCAUUCAGCCUUCGAUUCAGGGAGUCAAUGGAGAAUGGACAAACAUCACUGCAAAAACAGACACCGAAGAAUGUACAAAACUCUAGUACUGAAAAAUACCAGUUGCAAACAGAGACACCUAAUUCAAUGGCACUAAAAUCCUACGAGCCAACUUAUUUUGAAAAUGAAUAAAGGGUUAAUGUCCCGAAUAAACCACCGAGUGAGCGUAGCGAACAAGAUGGUUUAUGAGGCGCUUAUCGCACCUGACCAGGGAUUAUCUCACCAUAAACACCAAGGAUAAGGCGGGGCAUUAACGUCAUUAUCAUAUAGUCUAUCCAACUGACACAAUUAUUUCACACAACUUUCUUUAUAACAAAUAAACACUUUGAUACAUAAUACAUCCACUGUAUAAUAUUGCGGUCCAAAAAGUGGUCGGUUAUUCUGAUAACUGAGCACUUUGGACGUUACGGCCUGAUAACCCAUAGGAAAUGGAGGCCUCUGAUUGGCCAACUCCAUCUGGCUAUAUAAUAAUUAAGGGUU